UCUUUCUGACGACUUCCGGCGGCUCAUCUCGCGGGCAUUGGCUGUUGGCUGCGUUGCGGCCAAACUCGUGGGCUGCGGCGGAGUCGGCGGCGGAGUCGGCAGAGGAGUCGGCAACGGCUGCAGCGACAGUUUGGCGCGAUGUCUCACACCAUUUUGCUGGUACAGCCUACCAAGAGACCAGAAGGCAGAACUUAUGCUGACUAUGAAUCUGUGAAUGAAUGCAUGGAAGGUGUUUGUAAAAUGUAUGAAGAACAUCUGAAGAGAAUGAAUCCCAACAGCCCCUCUAUCACAUAUGAUAUCAGUCAGUUAUUUGACUUCAUUGAUGACCUGGCAGACCUCAGCUGCCUUGUUUACCGAGCUGAUACCCAGACAUACCAGCCUUAUAACAAAGACUGGAUUAAAGAGAAGAUCUACGUGCUCCUUCGUCGACAGGCCCAACAGGCCGGGAAAUAGUUGAGUUUGGAAGCGUUAGGGGGAUGGGGGUGGGCUUGGAACACAGGUGUGUACAGUGUGCUGUAGUAGAAGUUUUGUAUUAUAGUAAUCUUGUUUCCAUUUUGGUACACUCUAGCCAGGAUUGAAUGUAUUAGAUAAUAUGAGGAUCUUGUUCAAUCUGAAACCCCCUUUGCCCCCUUCUCUCCCUCCUUUUUUUUUACUUAAACAUUUUUAUGAUGAUUUAGAUGGAAGUUGGUUUUUGUCAGUUAAUGUUGGUUCCAGUCCUUCAGACUGUUCAUAUCUGCUUUACAACAUUCACUGUACUAACCCUUCUUCAAAUCAGGGUGGGGGUGGUGACGCGCUUUACUUAUGUCAUCAAGACGAAGUCGUAGUGAAAAACAAAUAAAUGUCCUUUAGUUAUAUUUUC